AUGUCCGAAAACUCGGGUCUCCCAGAAGGCUGGGAAGUGCGCCACUCCAAUUCCAAAAAUCUCCCCUAUUACUUCAACGCUUCCACCAAAGAGUCUCGCUGGGAACCACCAUCCGGAACCGACUCCAACAAACUAAAGACCUAUAUGGCAGCCCAUCACAGCGGUCCCUCCGGCAUCGCAGGCCUACCUGCAGAGGGCAAGAUUCGUUGCGCUCAUUUACUCGUCAAACACCGUGACAGCCGCCGACCCAGCAGCUGGCGCGAUAGUUUCAUUACGCGGACCAAGGAGGAAGCCAUCGAGAUUCUCCGUGGCCACGAACAGCGCAUCAAGUCUGGUGAAGUGCGUCUAGCUGAUAUUGCGAUCUCCGAAUCAGACUGCAGCUCUGCUCGCAAGAAAGGUGACUUGGGCUUCUUCGGCCGCGGCGAAAUGCAAAAAGAAUUCGAAGACGCUGCCUUCGCACUCCAACCGGGGGAGGUCAGCUCCAUUGUUGAGACGCAGUCCGGAGUUCAUCUGAUUGAGCGGUAUGUUGACCGUCCUGAGGACUGGUAUCAUCUGUACCCAGCCCAGCAGCUGCAGCAGAACUGA